GCCUCUCUGGGCCUCGGUUUCCACCCCGCGGGAGCGAGUACGACAGGGGCUGCGCGCAUUGCCGCAGUCACGCCUGCAAGAGCCGGGCCGGGUGAGCCGCUUCCGGCGCUCCGCGGGGGCCCCGGACGAUCCAGCAGGGGCUCCGCCCUGGGACCCCCAUCCUGUCUCGGGGGCGCGACCUUCGGGGGCGCACGCGGUGCCGGCCGCGCCCGGGGAAGCCGGGUCCGCAUCCGAGCAACAGGACAGCGUGCGGCCGCCCCAUUGGCCGGCGUGUCUCUGCAGGGCCGUCCCACAGCCAAUAGCGGCCAAGGGGCGGAGCCUGGCCGGUGCCCUCGGAGCUGCUGGCCCCGGGCGGCUGCUCCAGUCUGAGCGCCCUCCGCUCGCCCCGAGAGAGACCCGGCCAUGCAGGAGCCGCUGCUGGGAGCCGAGGGCCCGGACUACGACACCUUCCCCGAGAAGCCGCCCCCGUCGCCAGGGGACAGGGCGCGGGUCGGGACCCUGCAGAACAAAAGGGUGUUCCUGGCCACCUUCGCCGCAGUGCUCGGCAAUUUCAGCUUUGGGUAUGCCCUGGUCUACACAUCCCCUGUCAUCCCAGCCCUGGAGCGCUCCUUGGAUCCUGACCUGCAUCUGACCAAAUCCCAGGCAUCCUGGUUUGGGUCCGUGUUCACCCUGGGAGCAGCGGCCGGAGGCCUGAGUGCCAUGAUCCUCAACGACCUCCUGGGCCGGAAGCUGAGCAUCAUGUUCUCAGCUGUGCCGUCGGCGGCCGGCUAUGCGCUGAUGGCGGGUGCGCACGGCCUCUGGAUGCUGCUGCUCGGAAGGACGCUGACGGGCUUCGCCGGGGGGCUCACAGCUGCCUGCAUCCCGGUGUACGUGUCUGAGAUUGCUCCCCCAGGCGUUCGUGGGGCUCUGGGGGCCACACCCCAGCUCAUGGCAGUGUUCGGAUCCUUGUCCCUCUACGCCCUUGGCCUCCUGCUGCCGUGGCGCUGGCUGGCUGUGGCCGGGGAGGCGCCUGUGCUCAUCAUGAUCCUGCUGCUCAGCUUCAUGCCCAACUCGCCGCGCUUCCUGCUCUCUCGGGGCAGGGACGAAGAGGCCCUGCGGGCGCUGGCCUGGCUGCGUGGGACGGACGUCGAUGUCCACUGGGAGUUCGAGCAGAUCCAGGACAACGUCCGGAGACAGAGCAGCCGAGUAUCGUGGGCUGAGGCACGGGCCCCCCACGUGUGCCGGCCCAUCACCGUGGCCUUGCUGAUGCGCCUCCUGCAGCAGCUGACGGGCAUCACGCCCAUCCUGGUCUACCUGCAGUCCAUCUUCGACAGCACCGCUGUCCUUCUGCCCCCCAAGGACGACGCAGCCAUCGUUGGGGCCGUGCGGCUCCUGUCCGUGCUGAUCGCCGCCCUCACCAUGGACCUCGCAGGCCGCAAGGUGCUGCUCUUCGUCUCAGCAUCAGCAGGGCCCUGGCCCAGGCCAGUGGCUCCAGAAAGGUCCGCUGGGGCUCUGAGUGGACACACUGGCUGUGACACUCCACGGUGGGAGCCUGACACGCGGCUGGAGACAGAGCUUGCUGCCCUGCUGGGGGUCUCUAGUCCCAGACACGAGCUGGACCACGCAAGUAUCAAGGGGCUCUGCAGAAGGAGCUCUGAGAGAAACAGCUGGCUCAGAGGGUCCUGGCCCCACGAGGCCACCUGUCUGUCCACAGCGGCCAUCAUGUUUGCUGCCAACCUGACUCUGGGGCUGUACAUCCACUUUGGCCCCAGGCCUCUGAGCCCCAACAGCACUGCGGGCCUGGAAAGUGAGUCCUGGGGGGACUUGGCGCAGCCCCUGGCAGCACCCGCUGGCUACCUCACCCUGGUGCCCCUGCUGGCCACCAUGCUCUUCAUCAUGGGCUACGCCAUGGGCUGGGGUCCCAUCACCUGGCUGCUCAUGUCUGAGGUCCUGCCCCUGCGUGCCCGUGGCGUGGCCUCAGGGCUCUGCGUGCUGGCCAGCUGGCUCACCGCCUUCGUCCUCACCAAGUCCUUCCUGCCAGUGGUGAGCACCUUCGGCCUCCAGGUGCCUUUCUUCUUCUUCGCGGCCAUCUGCUUGGUGAGCCUGGUGUUCACAGGCUGCUGUGUGCCCGAGACCAAGGGACGGUCCCUGGAGCAGAUCGAGUCCUUCUUCCGCACGGGAAGAAGGUCCUUCUUGCGCUAGGUCAGGGUCCCCGCCUGGAGGGGGCCAAACCCCCAGUGGCUGGGCCUCUGUGUUGGCUACAAACCUGCACCCUGGGACCAAGAGGCAGCAGUCAUCCCUGCCACCAGCCAGAGCACAGGAAGAGCAGUGUGAUGGGGCCUCAGCAGCGGGUGCCCCUGGCUCCGGACAGGUAGCACUGCUGUCCAGCCACAGCCCCAGCCCAGGCAGCCCACAGUGCUGCACAUAGCCAUGGGCCGCAGGAGUGCACACAACCCUGCAUCCAGGGAUACGGCCCUGCUGGGUGACCUCAGGCCUAGUCCCUUUCCCUUGCGUGAAGGACACGCCCCACAGAAGGCUACGGGGAGGACUGAGAGGACAGGGCUGGAGGCAGCCAAGUAACGUAGUCAUAUCAUCGCGCUCUGAUCUGGUGGCAUCUGGCUGUGCAAGGAAGACGCGGCUUUGCCCUCACAAGUCUUAUGGGCACCACAGGGAACAUCCUGGACUUAAAAAGCCAGGGCAGGCCGGGCACAGUGGCUCACGCCUGUAAUCCCAGCACUUUGGGAGGCCGAAGCAGGUGGAUUACCCAAGGCCAGGAGUUCAAGACCAGCCUGGCCAACAUGGUGAAACCCCGUCUCUACUAAAAAAUACAAAAAAGCUGGGUGUGGUGGCACACACCUGUAGUUCCAGCUACUUGGGAGGCUGAGGCAGCAUUGCUUGAACCCGGGAGGUGGAGGCUGCAAUGAGCUGAGAUCAUGCCAUUGCACUCCAGCCUGGGCAACGAGAGUGAAACUCCGUCCCCACCCCCUGCCAAAAAAAAAAAAAAAAAAAAGCCAGGGCAAAGGACCUGGCGUGGCCACUUCCUCCUGCCCCAGCCCAACCUCUGGGAACAGGCAGCUCCUAUCUGCAAACUGUGUUCACCCUUUUGUAAAAAUAAAGGAACUGGACCUGUA